CUAUAAUAGUACCCGAACAUUUGUUCGCGCUAUCGAGUCACUCUUGAAUGUUUUCAAGCACGUCUCACUGCCACAGUAGACACUUAAAUGGCUGCCUUUCGAUUAAGCACCGCACCGCAGCACCUUUGUAUGAAAAUCCAUUCAAUUCAGUCAUCAGUCACUAGGUUUUAUCAAAGGCUUCCGGUUGUACGAGCGUCUAUAUCAAAUUAACGGUGUAUAAACUUAUUAAUUCGUUUUAUUUGUUUCUAAAGAUAGAUUUGUAACUUAUCACGAUUAAUCUAUAUCUGUGUGAGUUGAAUAAUCAUAUUUUUUUCACGUAUCUUGACCGCAGUUUAAGAUACACGCAUAUAUUAGACAUACGACUGCGUGGGUUUUUGUUUAUCUGUCGCGUGUUUACAAUGAAGUUUCUUCCAUUAACAUAUUUUGUGUUUAUUCUCUGUUUGGGUCUUUCUGAGCAAAGUAACAUUCUCGGACUGUUUCCACACUUCGGUUAUAGUCAUUUCAAAGUGUACUCCCCCAUUUUAACAACCUUAGCUGAAAGGGGGCACAAUGUGACAGUAGUGACGUACAUAAAAACUCCCGAUCCCCCUCGAAACUAUCACGAACUUUUGCUCGAGGGCAAAGGCGGAACUGAUGUAUUCAGUUUGGAAGAUCACAUUCCCAGCCGAUCACUAUGGACUUUGUUUAUGGAAUUCUACAUCCUUCAUGUUGAAGGUCAAAAAUCGUGUGAAGAAUUCUAUAAUUCCCCACAUGUUGAGGAAAUCAUUAGACGACAUUCAGUGUCACCAUACGAUAUGAUCAUAUUGGAGAUAUUCAACACCGAUUGUUAUUCGGGUUUAUCUUAUCUACUUCAAGUACCUGUAGUAGGCUUAAGUAGUUGUGCUUUAAUGCCUUGGCAUUAUGCAAGGGUAGCAUUGCCAGAUACGCCAUCGUACAUUCAAUCGGAAUUUAUAGGUUUCGCCGAAGAACUCAGCUGGCAAGAGCGUUUGGUGAAUUUCAUUCAAAGUAAUGGAAAUAAAAUUCUUUAUCGAUUAACGGAAUGGAAAGACAAUGCCAUGAUAAAGAAGUAUCUUAAUCUUGAUGUUGAUGUACGUGAGAUUGCCAAAACGAUGACAAGUUUAGUUUUUGUAAAUCAACAUUAUUCGCUAUCGGGAAAUCGGCCUCUUUCAGCACAAGUUAAGGAGAUUGGUGGAGUUCAUAUUCCCACAGGAAAUAAACUUCCAUCUAUACCUAAGGAUAUUGAUGACUUCUUGAAUGCAUCGAAUGAGACAGUAUUGUUCAUCAGUUUCGGUUCAAUGCUCAGAGGUUCAACAAUUUCAAAGGAUAAGUUCGAAAGUAUAGUUUCAGCUGUGAAAAAGCUUAAUCUUCGCGUUAUAUGGAGAUGGGAUAGUGAAAAAGCACCAUUCACUUCUAGCAGGUUUAUUUUUCCAAAAUGGGCUCCACAAUUUAGUCUUUUAUGCGAUCCAAGAGUUAACAUAUUUUGGGGACAUGGAGGAAUGUUAGGUACAACGGAAGCUGUACAUUGUGGGAAACCACUGAUUGUUACUCCGUUUUAUGGAGAUCAAUUUUUGAAUGGAAAAGCUACAGAAAAUCGUAAAGUUGGAAUAGUUCUAAACUAUGAAACAAUAUCCGAAGAGCGAGUGUUGGAAGUUCUUCGUGAAAUUAUGAGAGCAAGAUAUGGUGAAAAUGCGAAAGAACUUUCGAAAGUAUUUCGAAAUCGUGAAAAAUCCCCAUUGUCGAAAGCAAUUUGGUGGAUUGAGCAUGUACUAAAUGAAAAUAUUGCAAAGGACCUCUUACGGACAAAAGUAGUCAACAUGAAUUGGUUCAUCUAUUACUCACUAGACUCGAUAGUUUUAUUGAUUUUUUCUGCAGUCCUUCCGAUUUUAAUAAUUUACACAGUGAAAAUUCGUUAUUUUUGAAUUUUAUAAAAUAAAAUGUUUUGUAGAUAAGUUGUUUAAAAGAAA